AAAAGUAGUCCCGGCCAACGGGAAGGCUAUAUAAAGCCGGCGCCGAGGAAGCGCUUCCUUUUCAGUUGAGGAGAGCGGUGGUUAUCGGAACAUGUCAGGCGGCUCCGCGGAUUACGGCAGAGACCAUGGCCCAGAGGGAAUGGACCCCGAUGGCGUCAUUGAGAGCAACUGGAAUGAAAUUGUUGACAAUUUUGAUGAUAUGAACUUAAAAGAAUCCCUCCUCAGAGGCAUUUAUGCAUAUGGUUUUGAGAAACCUUCAGCUAUUCAGCAGCGUGCUAUUAUUCCAUGCAUCAAAGGGUAUGAUGUGAUUGCUCAAGCUCAGUCAGGUACUGGCAAGACAGCCACAUUUGCUAUUUCCAUCCUGCAACAGUUGGAGAUUGAUCUCAAGGAGACCCAAGCACUAGUAUUGGCCCCAACCAGAGAACUGGCUCAACAGAUCCAAAAAGUUAUUCUGGCUCUUGGCGAUUAUAUGGGUGCAACUUGUCAUGCUUGCAUUGGUGGUACAAAUGUUCGCAAUGAGAUGCAGAAGCUGCAAGCAGAAGCUCCCCAUAUUGUGGUGGGAACUCCAGGACGUGUGUUUGACAUGUUAAACAGGCGUUAUCUGUCGCCUAAAUGGAUCAAAAUGUUUGUAUUGGAUGAAGCGGAUGAAAUGUUGAGCCGGGGAUUUAAGGAUCAGAUCUAUGAAAUUUUUCAGAAAUUGAGCACAAACAUUCAGGUUGUGUUGCUGUCUGCCACAAUGCCAAUGGAUGUGCUGGAAGUGACCAAAAAGUUUAUGAGAGACCCUAUUCGUAUUCUUGUGAAGAAAGAGGAAUUGACCCUUGAGGGUAUUAAACAAUUCUACAUUAAUGUGGAGAGAGAGGAAUGGAAGCUUGAUACUCUCUGUGAUUUGUAUGAAACCCUGACCAUUACGCAGGCUGUUAUUUUCCUUAACACGAGAAGGAAAGUAGAUUGGCUUACAGAGAAAAUGCAUGCACGAGACUUCACUGUUUCUGCUCUGCAUGGUGACAUGGACCAGAAGGAGCGGGAUGUUAUCAUGAGAGAAUUUAGGUCAGGUUCAAGCCGUGUCUUGAUCACUACUGAUUUAUUGGCUCGCGGCAUUGACGUGCAGCAAGUAUCGUUGGUUAUAAAUUACGAUCUGCCGACCAAUCGUGAGAACUACAUUCACAGGAUUGGCCGCGGUGGUCGUUUUGGCAGGAAAGGUGUGGCUAUAAACUUUGUCACUGAGGAGGACAAGCGGAUCCUUCGGGAUAUUGAGACUUUCUACAAUACUACAGUGGAGGAAAUGCCAAUGAAUGUGGCUGACCUCAUUUAAUCCCUGGGAUUGAGAUGUUUUUGGAAUGCAGUGCUCGCUGUUGCUGACUAGGCGAUCCACAACGGGCAUUGUGCUUCUUUCUUGGGAGAUACAUUGAAUCUUGUCUCAAUGCUCAUUACGGAUCAGAAAUACAGAUUUUUGAUAAGCGAAGCGACAUUUUGUCGUGAGCUUUUGUGGGGAGAGCCUUUGGCUUUCUCUUUAGGGUUUUAGACUGUUGGGGUUGGGUGGAAAGUCAUGGGGUCUGUAAAUUUUUUCUUUAUUAGAAAUUUAUUUCCUAGUUCUGUAGAAGUGGUUGUGCUAGAUGUUCUUUUUCAUUUAAUUAUUUACUUAUGGACUAAAAGGUAUAAGCGCUGCAUAAAAUCAGCCAAUUAUGUUAAACUGGCAUACCUACCUUUAUUGUAUAUUAUAGUUCUAUAUUAGACUAAAUUGGCCUUUCAAAAUGACUAAUCUUUUAUAAGAGCAUUAAAAAUGCAUUUUUGUUUGCUAUGUAUUUAUUGAAUAAAGUAUUUAAUUAGUGUUAAGUGUGAUCUGGACCCUGUUGCUAAACCCCAGCAAGCAAUCAUUACUAUUGUCUUAGUUAGGGUUAAACCCAUUAAAAUUGCCAUUUGCACAUGUCUUAAUGAAGUUUGAAUGUUCAAUAAAAUGCUUAUAUAUUCACUUGA